CGCAACGUGCUAAUAAAACAGAACGGUGAUGGUUCUGGUGGUCGCGUACUCUAACCGCUGCCGCAUCAACCCGGACAAUGUGGCCACAUCGGUGGUAGACGCACUCGGCGACAUGACUACGCUGGCCAUAUUGGCUGGGUUCUCUACUCUUCUGUAUGGAUACAUAUCCAAGCCCUGGAUCGCCAGUGUGUUCGGCACGGUACUGGUUGUUUUGUGCCCUGCGUGGGUGUACCUGGCGCGCGGCCACCCGACCUCGAGGAAAGUACUGGCUGUUGGCUGGUGGCCCAUCAUCGUCGCCAUGAUCAUAUCCAGCAUUGGCGGCUACAUUCUUGACCUGGCCGUGACCCACUUCAGCGGACUGGCCGUGUUUCAACCAGUCAUCAAUGGCGUCAACGGCAACCUGGCGGCUAUUCACGCAAGCCGGUUGUCGACGCUCUUUGCGCAGCGCUCUGAGCUUGGCUUUCAUCCAGAGGACGACAAGCGCCACUGCGUUGACCCUCUCACGGGACUAUGCGGAAGCAAUCGGCAAGCACGGGUGUCCCAGCUGUUGCUGCUGCUCUCGAUUCCGGGACACGUGCUCUUCGUGCUACUCAUCUUCGCGAUCAGCGACGCUCACGUUCGGCUCACCGUGGCAUUGGUGUUCUCCUAUCUGGUCGCCUCCAUCGUGCUGCUGACCGUACUGCUGUACCUGGCCCGCUGUGGAGCGUACUGGAUGUGGCGACGCAAGAUUGACCCGGACAACGCGCUCAUUCCGCUCUUGACGGGCUUCGGAGACCUGUGCGGCACCGGUUUCUUGCUGCUCGCAUUCCUCUUUCUCGAAAGCAUCCAAGACGACAGCGUCACCGGAUUUUUGGGCCUGGCCGCUAAUCACACGACAGCCAGCUGAACUGCUGUGGACCGCCGCUCGCGAGACCCGCGCUGGCUGGCCCAUGUGCAUUCUCGCGAGGCGUGCUCGAAGACGUGCCACCGAAAACCAAGACGAGGGCCACCUGUGCUUGACACGGCGACCACCUACGUUUCGACAACGAUCGCGUACGGCCGUGCCACCGCCACGACGGCUACAAACGCGGCAACUGAACAACUGCUCACUGUAAUUAGCGAUGUAUAUCUAACUGCACGGAUGGAAAAUUCUCAGUGCCGAACAAAAUGCUUCCCCUACAUUUGCAUUUCCAAACGAAUACUUGCGUGCGGUUCAAGUUCAAGUAUCUCCGACGAGUGCGCAGCGGGAUGUUACUUAUUCGGCAAAUAGAAGUGAUCCCGCAGUCAACCAUCACGUGACCUACAUUACAUUCGUUAUACCGCCCCCGGGAGCGGCCCGUUUUGCCGUGACACUGCUUGCAGGCUUGUGUGUGUCAUUGCCGGGCUAUAGAGGGGAGACGCGACGCCCGCGAAUUAUUGCGUAGAGAACAGUAGUCAAACUGUCAUCCAUAGAAUUAGUUAAUAUGGGCACACAUAUAACCCGAUUCGGGCAGUCGUGUUUAGAUGGUGCUUCGGAUAUUGCGUCAUGCAAAAGACGAAGCACGACGUGAAAGAAAA